AUGAGGAAAGGAGCCAAGCGAAAGGCUCGCCUGGCGGCGACGGAGGCCAAGCCCAAGCCCAAAGCCACCGCCACACGCGCCAAGCGCGUCAAGGCCUCUCAGCCGCAGCCGCAGCCGGAACCGGAGUACGUGGAGGAGCAGCGAAACCUUCAAGAUCUAUGGAAGGCGGCGUUCCCGGUCGGCACCGAGUGGGAUCGCUUGGACUCGCUCUACCAAUACGACUGGGAUUUCUCGAAUCUCGAGAAGGAAUUCGAAGAAGAAGGAGGCAAAUUCCACGGCAUCGGGAACAACAAGGUCUACAUCUUCAGCCAGACCGAGACUUCUUCGCCGUCCGUGCCGGUGCUGAUCCCGACGCUGGUCGCCGUCGUGGCGCCUCGGCCGCCGUCGAUGGAGAUUGGGAUCAGGUCUGUGCAGAGAGAGGAGAAGGAGAUAGUUCCGAUGAGGCAGAUGAAGAUGGAUUGGAUCCCUUACAUUCCUCUGGAGCAAAGAGAAGGCUGGAAUUCCGAGAGAGGAGCCAAGUCCGGUUCGAAUUUGCCGCAGAUUUUCGUGCUGGGAUGCACGCAGAGGAAGGCGAGCUUGAAGCAGAUGAAGGAGGACCGUUGGAUGAAGUUCCAGUACUGUAUGCCGUAUUUGAUGAAUCCGAAUGAGGAGGAGAAGGAGCAGAGUACUGUGGUGGAUAUACUCUUCCCGAGGGAGCCGCAAGCUCCGCUGUUUGUGCAGUUUGAUUGGGAAUUCGAUGAGGUUGAGGAGUAUACUGAUGAGCUGAUCAAGGCCGAGGAGCUGACUGAGGACAAGAAGGAGGCGUUCAUGGCGUUUGUGAAGGAGGAAGUGAAGAAAGUGAAGAAGAAGAUUAGGGAAGAGAAGGAAGCGAAGAAGAAGCUAAUGGAGGAUCCAAAGUAUCAAGAAGCGAAAAGCUAUUAUGAGAACAUGAGGCUUUACAAGAUUUAUCCAGUACAGACACCAAACACUCCAGUGAUUGAGAUGAAGUCUAAGUAUAUCAACUUCUACUACGGACAUGCGCAUGAGAUUAUUUGA